CUCCGAGAGGGAUUUUGAUGAUACUACUACUACUACUACUACUUAGCUUUCGUGCUGUCUCUCCCACGCGAUUCGACCGCUGAGGAACCAUCCGAAACCCUCCAAAUCAGGUCGCAAUGCCGCCAGGGAACGACGGGCGCCUUGGUCGAACUUUCUUGCGAUGCCGCCAAAGAGUUGUUUGGAACAUUUCCUCGUCUUUUUGUUCCCGGUAUUGUUUUGGAGGGGUAGAUAGGCUAGGGGUGGAAAGAAAGAGAAUACUAACUAGACUAAGCGCCUGUUGACCCAAACUUAUCCCGUAGUUAGGUACUGUGCGAACGAGAGAGUGUCCACCCUACACAGAAUUUGUAGUAUGUACUUAGUGUGCCAUACACACUAACAUAUGCUACCUACCCGCCCCGAUCGUAGUGUGGUCUAAGUUGGCCCCAUUUCUUGACUCAGGUGUGGGAAAAGAGACGG